AUGUGGCUCUUGCCGGCUCCUGCAGUCGGCGGCAAGGUCGACACAGGGGGCAUCCCGCUGCCCGUAGGCGAGGCAGCGCCCGACGUGUGCACUCCCGAGGGCAUGCCAGUCCCGCCAGAUAUGACAGUCAGCGGUGGUGCUGUGCACGAGGUUGAGGGCACAGUAGAGCGUGUGACAAUGUCCGGGGUCGACGACACGGGCGGGCAUGCGCCGCACUGGACCGUGGUGGUGGUCGCUUGGACGAUCGUGAGGGCUGUUGAGCGUGAGCUGCUAUUCCCGCUCCAAGCAAACGACAACUACACGUACCGCUGA